AUGGCUGUCGUCAAAUUUGGCCCACGCACGUCCAUGAUCCUGGCAUUCCUGACCGCCUCGUUCAGUAUCGCCAUAUUAUCCUACGAUGCCAGCAUGGUCAACAACCUCAACAUCAAUGCUACAUAUCUUGAACGCAACGCUGGUGCCGUGGUGACUGGUCCGUUUCUCGGAGCCUGGAUCGACAAAUGGGGCAGAAUCAAGAGCAUUGCUUGCGGCAACCUGUUGGUGAUCUUGGGUGUCAUUCUUCAAGCCAGUGCCGAGUCCUGGGCUCAAUUCAUUGUCGGCCGUUUCUUCAUUGGCGUGGCCACAACUGUGGCUGCGACCGCCGUCCCUAUGUGGAUUGCCGAAUUGUCACCACCAAAGACCAGGCAGUUGAUCUCUGGUCUCGUCAUGUGUGCAGUUCCCUUUACGGCCAUCUUAGUAUGUUUCAUCGUCAUGGGCAUAUACGAUGCUGGAAGCGACUGGGCUUGGCGAGGAGCUGUCCUGGGUGAGGCUACGGGGCCUCUUCUUGGUCUCUGUCUUUUGCCCUUUGUCGACGAAAGCCCCCGCUGGCUUGUUUCGAAAGGUCAGACGGAGAAGGCAGGCGAAAUCAUCACCCGACUGCAUGCCCGGGGUAAUGCGCAAAGCGAGAUCGUCGAGGUAGAACUGAAAGAGAUUAUCGACACUUUGGAAUACGAAUCGUCGCACGGUGGAACAUGGAAAGAUCUGCUCAGCCCAGCACCAAACCGGCGCCGCUUCAUCAUCGCCGUCCUCACCAACAUCUUUUAUCAGAUUGUCGGAGCCAACAUGAUCCUGUAUUUCUUGUCCUUUGUCAUCUUCAGCGCGGGCGUGACCGACAUUUGGAAUACCCUGCUGAUCAACAUGGGCCUCAUCAUUUGGCAAUUUUUGGUGAGCUUGUUCGGCGUCUUCUCCAUCCAUCGCUUGGGGCGUCGACCUUCUUUGAUUACUGGUACUGCUGGCAUCAUCGUUUGCCUCGUCCUCAUGUCCAUCUUGGUCGAGCGGGGUCAGACUACAGGCGGCAUCCGCUUCGGAAUUGGGGCACUCGUGAUUGUGGGCGUGUUCAUCUUCUUUGCAAGCACCAGCUGGAUGAUUCUGGCCUACACCUAUCCACCCGAGAUCCUUAAGUUCUCACAGCGAGGCAAAGGUGUUGCCGCCAGCCAGGCUAUUGGAUUUGCGAUCAGCUUUAUCAACCUUUAUACCUCGCCUAUCGCGCUGGAGAAGAUCCAGUGGAAAUACUACGCCAUCACCGCCGGAUGGGACACGGUUAUUCUGAUUGUAAUCAUUGCUCUGUUCAAGGAAACCAAAGGCAAGACGCUGGAGCAAAUCGACGAAAUCUUCGAGCAUGUCACCCACAGCGACCACAGCGUGAUGGAAGUGCUCAACGGGCACACGAUCAGUCCCCAAGUAUCCGCUGGGCAAAACGGCAAAGACCAAGGUCUGAAGUCCAAAAUGGGCCAAGUUUCAGUCACCGCGACUGACGCUUGA